AUGACUAUCGAACCAACGAUACGUGUUCUUACUGCUCUAUCAAUUUUCCCUCUCCAAGCCACCCGGUUCAUCUUCAAACCUUCGUCGAUACGGGAAAAGCAGUAUCUUGCCCUCUUGGCUGUCCAAAUUGCGAUUGUGUACAACCUGAGGUCAGAUGAGCCAGAUCCGGCAUUUCUAUGCGGAUUCCUAACAACUUUGAUGACGUUGAGAUUAUUGCCGACGUUGAUAUGGGAGAACUCACCUGAUACUACGGACCGUAGAGAUACUGAUCCGGAUGGCUGGCAUGUUAUGGAGCAAUCUAGUGUGAAGAAGUUCUUUUGGGGCUUUUCUUGGAUUACAACUUUGAGAGGAAUACCAUGGAACUGGAGAGUAAGGAAUAUACCUCCGCAGCCCUCAUAUGCUUCUCGUUGGGAAUACCUUCUUAAAAAUGUUCCCGUGGUUUUCGUGUAUGGUUGUGUUUUGGAUGUUUUGUGGAAGAUGAGGGCUUUAUUCGAAUUUACGAAAUACCAUGGGAGUCUCGAGGGAUAUGGAAGCUCUGCUAGUCGGGGAGUGGGGGAGAUGGCUUUGAAUAGUAUAUUUGCGAUGGUGUCGAUGUAUGUGACUACAGUGUUCAAUUAUCAGAUGAUGGCAGUGGCCGCGGUUCUUAUUGGGAUCAGUAGGCCGGAGGAUUGGCCGCCGGUUUUAGGUCCAGUCCAAGAGGCUUAUAGUCUGCGAAGGUUCUGGGCUAAGACAUGGCACCAAUUGUUCAGAAAUAUCUUCGAAAAAUACGGGCUAGGUUUGGUUGAUCUACUUGGCUUAGAGCCCCGGAGCGUAAAGGCGCAUAAUAUAACACGUUUCCUCGCAUUUUUCAUUUCAGGGCUGAUUCAUGCAAUACCAAUCUCUGGUAUGCCUUUUCCUCGAGGCCUUCCAAAGGAUAAAAAUACACCCUAUCGAGGGAGUGACCAGAUGGUAUUUUUCGUUCUCCAUGCGAUUUUAUGCUUUGUGGAAGAGCAGUUUUCGAUAUUUUACCGGACCUUGAGGGGGGACGGUCCGUCGAGAAACUUUGAGCGUGUUUUAGGGUAUGUUUGGGUGGCUACUUGUUUGAUUUUUACAACGAGAUAUCUGUUUGAUGAGAUGGAGUUGAGCGGGAUUAAUGAUAAGAAAGAAGUGGUUCCCUGGAGUUCUGUGACGAUUUUGGAGGCGCUGCUGGGGAGGAAGUUGUUCGGCGAUGGUGAAGCGCUUGAUAAGGAAUGA